UCCGCUUCUGUUGUAGCGUAGCCUCGAUAGUGACGAACAGCUAGCACGGCGGCUAACUACUACUACAUUUUUCUUUUGCACUGGGGAUUUGAUCGCCGUGAUUUUCGCUAUGAACAAAGGUGACUUCACAGCAGGUCGGGGGAAAGGGCCCGAGGUUCCGGAUAAAGUCGACAUGUCCUUGGAUGACAUUAUUCGGUUGAACAGAAGAGAGCAACAGUUAAAAAGAAGACAGGCCAACGUGAACCGCCGACCAGUCAAGAAGAAAGGCCGUUUAAACCAAGGAAAGGCGGUUUCAGGACCAGUCCAGAGAGGAGGUGGCGUGCCCCGAGGAGGAGCACCUAAAUUAAGAAACAGAAGGGUCCCACCCCUACCGGCUCGACGGAAGGGUCAGGGGGUCAUCACAGGACUGGCAGCCCGGAGGCCAGCGGCCCUAUUAAAGCGAAGCGGCACUCUCAACAGAGCAGCAGUCACUCAGAAAACAAGACAGAAAACAAGGCCCUUCAUUCAGCGUCCUGAAGCCCAGUACAGGAAGCCGGAGGUACAGAGGCGGCUGUACAGGCAGCCCGAUCCACAGAGAGGCCCGAAUGCAGCACCAGUCAGGAGACCUUUUCAGCUGCGACGGCGACCACUGCCGCCUGUCCAGCAGACUCAGAGGGAAGCACGCCAGGCCACUUUUCUUUUUCGCAGAGGACUCAAGGUACAGGCCCACGUGCAGAAGCCAAAUCCCCACUCUCCUCCUGUCAAAACAAGGCAGUGGCACACAUCGACAAGCAGCAGUGGAAUCCUGACCGUUUCAAUUGACAACCCAACAGCCAGGACUCAGCCUGAGCCUCCUACUGCUUGGACUCUGCAUCCUCCAGCUGCCACUUCUGCUCCUGUUAAGGUGGAAACGGUGGAGAAGAAAAUACCAAAAGGAGUGCCUCUGCAGUUUGACAUCAACAGUGUGGGGAAGCCGCAAACAUCGAUGACCCUGAACGAGCGAUUCCGUAUCCUGAAGGAUCGACGCGCCGCCACAGCUCAGAGCAGCAAAGGCAGCAGAUUUGUUACAGUGGGUUAGCAGAGGAAGAGAAAUAAGACAGAACUGACGCUCUGAAGCUCCCCUGUGCCGUUCAGACCUACAGUGACCCCACCUUUCUGAUGGAUUGGACAGUGCUGACCCACUGACUGACUUUACUAAUAGGAGGGAGGGCAACCACGGGACAAAUGAGUACAACGUGCACCACUGGUCAGCUGUGAGAACUCAAGCAUCGAUGGAAGACUGUCUAAAAUAAGUUCCCAUUCAUUGUCCAUAUCAUUGUACUCAGCUGUUUGUGUUGUGGAUGUUCAAAACUGGGAAACAAAGAACCUUGUUUCCCAUUUGGACUUUGAACUGUCGACACCAUUAGAAGUAUUUCAUUUCAGACAGGGCCACUAUGUAUUUGCAAGGACGCCACGUAUGUUCUGACACCGUUUUUGACAUUUUUGAGAGGUUUGUUUUGUAAUAUUUCUUCAAAUGAAUGAGUUUGUCUUUAAAGAUUGUCGUAGUUGUGCAGCUUCAGAUCAGCUUGUAGCACCCCGAUGCCCAACACGCUUCAAAUCUGAAUCUUGUCAUCAAACAGUGCCAUCUGUCUGUGAAAUAUAAAAGGAAGGGAUACAUUGACGUUUCCACAAGUUUGCACAUAAUUUAGGUGGUUUAUCCCAUGAACAGUCAAAAGUUUCAAAUGUCUGCAGAGCUAGAAAAUAUUUUGCAAUGUCUUUGUACAAAUAAACUGGUUUCUGGAACUUUCUAACAAAAGAAA